GACGGCUGCGGCCGGCCCCCCGCGCGCCCCGCCCCGCCCCGCCCGUCGCCCCCACGAUGAAGGUGGCCGUGGACUUCGAGGAGUGUCUGAAGGACUCGCCCCGCUUCAGGGCUGCUUUAGAGGAAGUGGAAGGAGAUGUGGCAGAAUUAGAAUUGAAACUUGAAAAGCUAGUAAAGCUUUGCAUUGCAAUGAUUGAUACUGGUAAAGCUUUUUGUGUUGCUAACAAGCAGUUCAUGAAUGGAAUUCGAGACCUUGCACAGUAUUCCAAUAAGGACAUAAUAGUUGAGACCAGCUUGACAAAGUUUUCCGACAGCCUACAGGAAAUGAUCAAUUAUCACACAACCCUAUUUGACCAAACCCAAAGAUCAAUUAAAUCACAGCUUCAGACGUUCGUUAAAGAAGAUAUUAGAAAAUUUAAAGAAUCAAAGAAGCAGUUUGAAAAAGUCAGUGAAGAAAAAGAAAAUGCACUAGUAAAAAAUGCUCAAGUUCAAAGAAAUAAACAACAUGAAGUAGAGGAGGCCACCAACAUUCUCACUGCAACACGAAAAUGCUUUCGGCACCUAGCUCUGGAUUACGUUCUUCAGAUUAAUGUUCUUCAAACUAAGAGGAGAUCGGAGAUCUUAAAAUCGAUGUUAUCCUUUAUGUAUGCUCAUCUGACCUUCUUUCAUCAAGGCUAUGAUCUGUUUAGUGAGCUUAGGCCAUACAUGCAUGAUCUCGGAGCACAGCUGGAUCGGUUGGGUGUAGAUGCUGCCAAGGAGAGGAGAGAGAUGGAGCAAAAGCACUCAACUAUUCAACAAAAGGGUUUCUCCAGUGACGAUACUAAGCUAGAAUACAAUGUAGAUGCAGCCAAUGGCAUUGUUAUGGAAGGGUAUCUCUUUAAGCGAGCCAGCAAUGCCUUCAAGACUUGGAACAGGAAAAAGCCAGAUCACAUCAGACGCUGGUUUUCGAUACAGAAUAAUCAGCUUGUUUACCAGAAAAAAUUUAAGGAUAAUCCCACAGUAGUCGUUGAAGACUUGCGGCUUUGCACAGUUAAGCAUUGUGAAGACAUAGAAAGACGUUUCUGCUUCGAGGUGGUCUCUCCAACAAAAAGCUGCAUGCUCCAGGCUGAUUCUGAAAAGCUGCGGCAGGCAUGGAUUAAGGCUGUUCAGACCAGUAUUGCUACGGCAUAUAGAGAGAAGGGGGAUGAAUCCGAGAAACUAGAGAAGAAAUCCUCCCCUUCUACAGGAAGCCUAGAAUCUGGCAGUGAGUCAAAAGAGAAGUUGUUAAAAGGAGAGAGUGCUCUGCAGCGGGUUCAGUGUAUUGGUGGUAACAUCGCCUGUUGUGAUUGUGGCCUGGCAGAUCCUCGUUGGGCCAGUAUCAACCUAGGAAUCACACUAUGUAUUGAGUGUUCUGGGAUACACAGGAGUCUAGGAGUCCACUUUUCAAAAGUUAGAUCCUUAACUUUAGAUACAUGGGAGCCCGAACUUCUAAAGCUGAUGUGUGAAUUGGGAAAUGAUGUCAUCAAUAGAAUCUAUGAAGCAAAAGUUGAAAGAAUGGGAGUUAAGAAGCCACAACCUGGAAGCCAAAGGCAGGAGAGAGAGGAUUAUAUCAGAGCAAAAUACGUGGAAAGAAAAUUUGUGGAGAGACAGCCUGUAUCAGUAUCUCUUCCUGAGCAUGGAACAAAAGUUCAACCUCAAAGUCAGGAGGAAAAUAUGCACAACAUCCCUGAAAAAUCACCUUUGACAGGUGAACAAGUCACAGCUUCUCCCACAGGAAGAAGCAAUGACAGUGGGACCCAGCACAGUGCUGAUGACAGUAGAGAGCACCUUGCUGCCACCAUCCCCACAAACAGUUUGUAUGAGCCAGAAGGAGAAAAGCGAGAUUCUUCUGUGUUUCAUGAUUCGAAACAGCUUCAUCCAGGACUGCAGCUGUAUCGAGCUGCCUAUGAGAAGAACCUUCCUGAUAUGGCAGAGGCAUUGGCCCAUGGAGCUGAUGUAAACUGGGUCAAUACAGAAGAAAACAAAGUGACACCACUGAUCCAGGCAGUCUUGGGGGGCUCAUUGGUUACUUGUGAGUUCUUACUGCAGAAUGGUGCCAGUGUAAACCAUAGAGAUGUGAAAGGGAGAGGACCACUACACCAUGCCACAGUCUUGGGGCACACUGGGCAAGUGUGUUUAUUCCUAAAACGAGGAGCAAAUCAGCAUGCCACUGAUGAAGAAGGGAAAGACCCUUUGAGUAUAGCAGUAGAAGCUGCAAAUGCGGAUAUCGUAACUCUGUUACGUUUGGCGAGAAUGAAUGAAGAAAUGCGGGAAUCAGAAGGACUUUAUGGACAGCCAGGAGAUGAAACUUACCAGGACAUUUUUCGUGAUUUUUCCCAAAUGGCAUCCAAUAAUCCGGAGAAGCUAAACCGUUUUCAGCAAUCAGAUUCACAGAAGUCUUGAAUGUCUAAGAAGGAAAAGACCUAAACCUGGUUCUUUUCUAAUGUUUAUAGAGCAGUGGUCUUUAUUUUUUUAAACUGCUUUCAUUAUAUACUUUUUCUUAGAUAUUUGGUAGUCUGGAUUGAGUGAGCUCUCUAGUGUAGCCUUAGGCUGGGUAGGAGGUGUAAUUUGCCGCAUCUGAUUCAGGGUGAAUACCGCAGCAGCUGGCGAUGGAGUUGUUUUUAGCAAGGGAUGCUGCCUCUGGUUGGAGAGUGUUCUGUUUUGCCAUGUGGAAGCAGGAUUAGGUUGAGUCACACUCAAGGCUGGCGGAGGCUGGGACCGUUGCAGAACUCAUAACCUGUAAGUGUUGUGGGAUGACCAGAUCAUCCUUGCUUAUGAGCUGUCCCUAGCAGCACAAUUUCCCUGUCUCUCCCAUUCUGCCUGGCUAUAACCCUACAGCUCCUAUCUCUUAAGGCAUGACCAGCUUGCCCUUUCCCUCUCCAGUUUGUUUGAAUGGGAAAGCUGGUGAUCACCUGCCUGAACUUCCCUUCUGUACAUCGACCCAUGACACACACGAUCCUCCAUCCCCUCUGCCCUGGUGUGCUACAAACACAGGAAAUGAUAUUGUUGUUGUAGGCUCUUUCCCAGCUGACUCCUUCCAACAGCGCAGACCAUUAGGCCAGUGACUGCUGUCCUAUCACUCUAUGUGCAUAUUCUGGAGGACCAAAUGUUAGAAAAGCAGCUUCUUUCCUUUUUUACAUUAAGACUUGCUGUGAAUAAAGUUGCUUAUUUGAUUGAUUCUCUGUGGAACUUUCCCUUAGGAGUAAAUUUGAUCCCCUAAUGCCAUCAAGUUUGGUUUUUAAUGCAUUCAACUGACUGGCAUCAAAAUGCAUCUCAAAAACUGGAAUGAGGGAAUAGAAACUAAAUAGUGAACCAAGCAAAGCAUUAACACAGGACAGUCAUACUAAUGAAGGUUGCCUCUCCCGCCAAGCUGUGGUCAGGAUUGUUCCCAAUAUAGAAAUAUUAAAACACUCACAAGGGAUGUAGUCAUCCUGCACUCGGGGCCAUCAAUGCUUUUUGCCAAAGCCUGCCAUAAUAUAGUCUGUGCACAUACUUUCUAAAAUAGGGCAUGUAAGAGAAAACCUGGAAGUCUUACUGUACCUCUGCUCUAAAAAAAUGAAUAUAAUCUGAAGUGGUAUUCUACUGGCAACAACAAGAACUUUUCAGUGAGCUCCACCCUGCAUUCUGUCAAUGUGCACAUGCACGUGAUGUAUAGAAGUACAGAUUUAUCUAUGUAUUUAUAGUAUAUAGCAUAUAGAUAGAUAAUACUCACCUGAGCCCCAAAAGCAUCUCAGACUUUCUUAGUUAUUGGUCCUUCAUCUGCUAGCACUUUGAACAGUGUAAAAAGGAUUUCUAGGUAGGUCUCCAAAUUACUGCAGAUUUCCUGUAAUCUGUCUCAACUAUUAGAACAAUGUGCUAUGCUGCUGCUAAAAUGUACUUUGGAAAUAAGUGAGAUUUAAAACCAUUAGCUUGUUAUAAUGCAAAUACAGAAGGGGCUUUGUAAAUGUGUGAUAAAAUUAAGCUUUUCCAGACAUGUUACAUUUCAGACAGCUAUUUUAAAUAUUUAUCCUUGUGCAUUAAAUAUCUAAUCAAAAAUAAAAUAUGUGAAAGAUCUUUGAUACCAGAAUAAGAUCUUCAUGCUACAGAAAUGGUCCAAUAGAUUAUUGUGGUAAAUGGGUGAAUUUUACAGUCUCAUCAUUGCUUCAUUUGUAGUCUAAUUACUUUAAGCAAAGUAAAUUGUGCCCAUUUUAACUGCAUUUAUUUUGGACAGUAAUACACUUGAGGUUAUUGCUUACAGAUGAGUUUCAUAAGCGCUUUUUUUAAACAGGAGUGGCUUCCUGCAGAAUGAUUGCAUGCUCUCUGAUGUGUCAUAUUAACUAGCAUUCUAUGUUGAGUAAGUUAGUAGAGCUUAUAGAGUGGAAGCUUCACAUGUACAGUUGAGAUGCUGUGUAAGAUAUGCCCAGGAUAGAGUACACAUUUUAGAUACAGUUUUGUCUAGCUGCUUUGUCAUGCGUUACAAGUAAUGCUUGGUGUGCAGUGAGAGCGACUGUAUAGAAAAGCUGCCCGAAGCUUCAGGACACGAUCACUGUCUUUAUUCCGUAGUACUGAAGGAUGUUGGAAGUCUCUCUUCUGAGAUACCCCAAGCCACAUCUCCACCUUUGUGACCACUGGCAGCAUUUCCUUCCUAGUAACUCAGGGCUGCUGCUUAAGCUUGCAAAAGGAUUCCCUAAAGCACAGCUCUCUUCCUCUGUAGCUGUGUGGAGCCCCUGCUGUGUUCCCAGCUCUCGUCAGUCAGGGAGUAGCUUUUGAUACUAAGUUUAUGCUAAAUUGUAGAAUCUGCUUGGAUUGUUUGUUGAUGUGUAUGAUCAGUAGAUCAUAUUAGAGUGCUCUGACAGAAGCCCUAGAGUUUUUGUAAAAGCUUGGGAAGUGGUUUUGGCAGCCCAGGCUAUGCAGCGUAGUUCCUUGGCCAGGUAUAUGUGCUGAGAUGUGCAGCGUAAUGUGCAUUCACCAAAAGAGCAUUUUUGUGAUCAGUGGCACUGACAAAAAUAGACAUGCUGUGAAGCUAUCUGGUGUAUACCAAAAUCAAGUCUUCAGUUAGCAGGACAAAGUACAAUUGACCCUCCGGCUUUAGAGAUGGUCCUUGAUGGCCAAAUCUAUAACUCCUGUGCUGCUGUUUUGCUGCUUAGGAUUAGGAAAUUCCCACUCAUGCUGUGACGUGAAUCUGAAUAUAACUUGAAUGGUGUGCAUGCAGUAAGACUCCAUCAUGCUUUAGCAUCUGCUGAACCAUGUGCCAAGCAAUGGGGAAAUUUAGUUUCAGUUCAUACUCUCGUGUAGAAUACAACUGGCCUUAAUUUGUGGCGAAGGCAGCAGUAUUUUCUUAACACAGUUUAAAAUAUUUUUAUUAUAAAAUGAUGUGAAUUCCUAGUAUUGCCUACCCCCACUGAAGGCUUUUAUUAUCAUUAUCCUAGCCAGGGCCAGAUGUGCAGAAAGACUUUUGGAAUGAGUAAAUAUGGAAAAGCACACAGUACGUUUUAGCACACUUUGUUUUGACAUGACUUGCGUAGGUUACCUGCUGAUUAAAAUUGUGGCUGUAAUGUUUCAUUACAACCUAUACUUGUUUUUAAGGCUUCCUAUUUUCUGUUACUGUCGGUACAAUGAUUAUAUAUUUAGGUAUUUCUGUACUCUGCUGAAUUUUAUGCUAUUUGACAUAUUGAAAUGAUUAUCCUUUUCCUUAAGUUUGAGUGGAUCCAGUCGGUGGUAGGAGUUUUGCUUUGCUUUCACUCGUGUAGCAGUUGGAACAUGCACUUCAGUUCAUUAAUACAUGGUAGAAUUUAGUUUCCUCACCUGUACAACUGGGACCUAAUCUCAACCUCAUUGAAAUCAGCAGGAGCCUUCCCAUUGACUUCACUGGACUCAGAUUAUGCUCUUAAUGAUUUAUAAUGUCCAUGGUAUGUUGGAAGAUACUGUCUGUAUCUGUCACUUGUAGGAUUCAUUUUCACUUGCUUUACAUGUAGCCAGGGCUGACACUUAAACAAACCCCCUCCUUGUGCUGUUGGUUUAUCAGUAAAUUCUCCAUAUAAAAUGGAGAGUCUCUCUCGUUCUGAAUCAUGACUUAUACCCACAGCAUGUUUGAUGUAUACCAAUUAUUUGUAAGCAUUGGUGCAAGGGAUACACGAGAACUAGAAGUGUAACAUUUGCUAUGAUGUUUUCAGCGUGUAUAGCGUGAGAAGCAUGAGAAGCACGGAAAUCCUGUUUUUAACCUAAUGUGCAUGUGAAGGAUGCAUUUUAAUAAUCUCUGAAUGGAACAGAGAACAUAAAGGGACCAUUUCAUAGAAUUCCAAAUAAUGUACAAGUGCCUGGAGUCCAAGGCAUGAAUAUUUGUAUAUCAAAAGGAUUAGAAUGGAUUAAGAUACUGAAAGCAUUUUAAAAGCCAAUUCUGAAAACAUCCACUAUCCAUCCACUUACAGAUAGGUAAAAGAAUAUUUUCCCCAGUUAAAUACAAUGCCAUGUUGAUACUCCUUUGCACAGAGUUCUGCCUGACACACACACGUCUCAGUAUCAAUAUGUUUGUACAAAUGGACACUUAAGUCAACCAAUUAUGUACAGACAUGAUAUGGGGAAGAGAUGAAUGUACUUUUUAUUUGUUUCCCCCCUUCCCCAUUCUUUCUUUACCUUUGUGCAGACUGUAUUUCUUCUCUUUUCCCGUGGAAGGAGAUGGUAAGAGAGGAAAAUUCCCACUUGAUUUUUAUCUUAAGAUCAGAAUUUUUCCCAUGAUAGUAAUUACUGAGGAAUCAAACCAUCUUUCCUCAAACUGGAUGGUUAUUCUGUUUGGAGUGAUAAAUGACUUUCUGUAUCUAUCCCUGAGUACGUCUGUACUAGACUGUUUUUGAACCAUUCCAGUAGUAAAUGCUUUUAUUCACUUGUGAUUUUUUGUUUGUUUCCUAAAUGCAUAAUUGGAGAGAAUGUAUAACCAGCCCUACUUUGCAUUUAAUAAGUCUAUAGACUUUGUAUCAAAAACUUGAAUGUAGUUUUAUUGUAGUUUCAUUGUAAAUGAAGAAAAAUACAUUAUCUUUAUAGUUACUCUAUGUACAUUAUGUAAGAAUUGUAAAUACUAUACUUAAAUAAAGACUUUGUAUACUGCAAAA